ACACAAAAUCAGAACUCAGAAGGGCUAUAAUCUCAUAACUCCUAACCUUCUCAUUUCUUUGAAGAAAAGAAAGAUACUCUGAAUCUUCUUGUCUGCCUAAGAGCAGAAAUGUUGGGUUCCAGUACAAGAUCAAUGUUUUUUCUUCUCGUCUGCAUAGGAUUACUAGCAGACAACAGAUAUAAUGUCUCAGCCAUGAGACAUAGAGAGUUUUUCCUCAAAGAAACACAAGCAGAAAAAGCAGGAGUUCAGACAGAGGAAAUUUCUAAGCUCAGGAGCAUCGGUGUUCAAUUCAAACACACCCUUGAAGAUCAAGAAAUGCUCAAUAAAAACCGACGCGUUCUCGAGGAAGUUAACAAAGAUAAAAUCAAAGCUGAGGAGACACAAGAACGAAAGAAUAAGACAGAAGACUCAUUCAAAUCAAGCAAGAGACGUGUAAGACGAGGAUCAGAUCCUAUCCACAACAAAGCUCAGCCAUUUUCUUAAACGGCGCAAGAGAAAUCAAAUACAGAAAAAGGCAAUAUACUAUAGAAACGCAAGAAGAAGAAAAGGGCAUAACAAUCAACCUUAUCAAAGCUGGAGGUAGGUUAGUUGGUUAUUCUCAGGGUUUAUUUUUCAAGUAUAGGUUUUGAUAAGAACACACAAUAUGGUGAAGCCAUCAGAUUAUGCAGAACAGCAUUAUCUGUUCAGAUACACCAAGAGAAUACAUAUUUGUUUUCAAGAUAUUUCUUUGACCAAGUCCCCACUCUAUUGUUUGCAUUAGUUCGUAUAAGUUUUGUUCUUUCUGCAAUGCUUUUGACUCCCACCAAAACAUGUCCUAUGUAUAUAACAUAUCUCAAAAGUUUUGAUUUUGCUACAACUUCACUAUGCAACCUCUAUUUUCACAC